AAAAAAAAAAAAAACCCAAUGCCUUAUCAGAGUUUUUUAUUCGUUUUAGGCUUUUAUCAAAACCGCAAAAGGACCGGUCGAUCCGCAAAGCGUUUCCCUUCCGAACCCAGUAACGACUUGUAUUCGCGAUUUGGCUGAGAGUCGUAAGAUUGAAAGCCACAGCCACAGGGUUGCAAAGAUCGGGAGGGAGAGAAGGAGACGGCAAAAGAAAGAUGCUUCAGAUUCGACUGAGCAAGGGUUCGUCUGCAGAGACCGGAGGAGGGGCGAAGCCCUUGCCAGUAGAUACCGUCACGGUCGCAUGCCCCGACCACCUUGUACUCGCUGAUCUCCAUGUUGCUAAGGCCCUCGGUACUGCAAACCCUGCUGCUUCCAUUGUCAAGUCUGUCGGCCGAAGAUCUCGUCGUCUGCUUGGUGAAAGAGUCCACUUUUGCGUUCGCUGUGAUUUCCCCAUCGCCAUUUAUGGUCGCUUGAGUCCUUGUGAGCAUGCCUUUUGUUUGGACUGUGCUAGGAGUGAUUCUAGCUGCUACCUUUGUGAUGAGCGCAUUCAGAAAAUCCAGACAAUUAAAAUGAUGGAGGGCAUCUUCAUCUGUGCAGCCCCCCACUGUCUGAAGUCCUUUCUGAAGAGGUCCGAAUUUGAAUCUCAUAUUCACGAGAGCCAUGCUGAUCUUCUCCAACCUAAUAUAGAAAAAGAAGAUGUCAAUGAGUCGGAUGCUUUCAAUGCUGCAAGACUCUCUACUGAUUCCCAUGCCAAACUAUCUAUCCCUGCAGAUUCAUCCACCUCCCAUGCUCAACCAAGGCCCGUAUCUUCACUUAAUUCAAAUUCCCAGCCCCAUGAUCGAGAGGACAAAGCUCGCCGCCUCCCACCCAGAGAACCACCCAAGCCAAUUAUGCAACCAAAGCCACCAUCGUUUUAUGUUCGACCACAAAACCAUCCACCUGAGCUGUCGGUUGACAACAAUUCACCUCAAGUCUUUGAUAGGCCAGGGGCCUAUGGCCGCUUCCAUCACCAGCAGAGCUUUGACACACAGAGUGGACCACAUUAUCGACGAGAUUCUGAUGCCUUUCCAGACAAGCAGCAAGGGGUUCUAUCUGAGCCUUCAUUUUCUGACUACCCACCUAUGCAUACCCAUCAGCUACCUGGUUUUGUUGUGCCCCCAGUUAAUGCAAACCAGGCUGCAACCCCCCCUCCAUUCAACUAUCCUCCUUUUCCAGCUGAGGGACCUCAACCGUUCUUUAAUGCUCCUUAUGAGACAGCACGAACAGAUUUGGCAUCAGAAGGUGUGUCAGACCAGGGAUCAUUGUUGGGUUUCCCACCUGGUCCAGCAGCAGGUGUGGGUUUCAAUGACGGUUAUGCUCAACCCUGGAAUAUGGGGCUUACGGGUUUGCCUGUCGCACCUCUGCCAGGUGGUGGCCAAGGAGUUCCAGAUGGUUUCCCAAACCCACCAGAUUCUCAAGGUAGAGUUGCAUUUUUUCAAGGUGAUUAUGGACGUUUUCCUGGAGGUAAACCUCUCAAUGCCCCUCCGCUUCCACCACCUGGAAAUAAAGGACUGGAACCCAUGCAAGGUGGUAGUGCUUUGGAUCACAAGGAUAGCAAGGGUAUAUUGGCACCACAACCUCUGUCACUGCCCCCGCCUCCACCACCUCCACCUCACUUGUCACAACUCAAACGGGCAAAAUUCUCUGGCUCUGGUGACAUGGGUUGGGAUGGACAGGGCUAUGGUUGGCAAAAUGAGAAGCGUGAUAGCUUUGGAAGUGGUCAGGAGUAGGGUUGGACGAUCUCCUCAACUGUGGUAUCGGCAAGUGGUUGCAGAUCUGUUCGUGUUCACCUCUCUCUCCUUUCCUAUACUCAUGCUGCAUUUGUUGAUCAGCUCUUCAAAUUUGUACAUUCUCGGAUCAUCUAUGAUUAGAGCUGUCUUUAUAUAUUUUUAUUCAAUGUUUGAACUAUUUUGUUGGUUGAUUUCUUUGGCAACUCAACUCAACUUUAAUCCCAAUCA